AUGAAUGUCAUAAAGCUCCAGAGGAAAUAUCCUCAAUUUGCCCAAGACGAGAUCUUUGGCUUGCAAGAUGCCUUCCGGAAGCUGGACGUAGACGACAAGGGAUACAUAGACGAGGCGACCGCGAUCAAGGCGACGCAGGCGAGCGAGAGACAACCGUACGAUGUGGUCCGGCAGGCUUUGAAGGAGGUAGAGCUGGAUUCGUCGAGGAGAGUUGAGUUGGAUGAUUACUUCGGGCUUGUUGCGAAACUCCGAGAGUCUUCUCCUGCCCAAAAGCGCAUGUCGACCGGUCCUUCGACGCCGACACGAGGUGGAAUCGUUUCGCAGCAUACAGGUGGCGCUGGCCAUUCUAAGAAGGCCAGCGUCGGUGGACGGAUUCAAGUCCAGGGCUCUUCUUCGAAUGUCACUCACACGAUCAACGAAGAUGAGAGAACUGAGUUUACUCGCCACAUCAACGCUGUGUUAGCUGGCGAUCCGGAUAUUGGAAAUCGCCUGCCUUUCCCAACCGACACCUUUGAGAUGUUCGACGAGUGUAAGGAUGGACUUGUGCUGGCGAAAUUGAUCAAUGACAGUGUCCCUGAUACCAUUGAUGAGCGUGUACUCAAUCGUGUAGGAAAGAAGAUCAAGACCCUUAACGCUUUCCACAUGACUGAGAACAACAACAUCGUCAUCGAGUCUGCGAAGGGUAUUGGUUGCUCGGUAGUGAACAUUGGAAGCGGAGACAUCAUUGAGGUGCGAGAACAUUUAAUACUGGGUCUGAUCUGGCAAGUUAUCCGCAGAGGUCUGCUUGGCAAGAUCGAUAUCAAGCUCCAUCCCGAGCUGUACAGACUUUUGGAUGAAGACGAGACUUUGGAGCAGUUUCUGCGACUGCCCCCGGAGCAGAUUCUACUGAGAUGGGUGAACUAUCAUCUCAAGGCUGCAAAGUGGCCCCGCAGUGUAGCGAAUUUCUCCUCUGAUGUUAAGGAUGCAGAGAAUUACACGGUUCUUCUUGCCCAGAUUGCCCCCGAGCAGUGCGAUCGUGGCCCUCUACAAACUCGCGACCUCCUUCAAAGAGCAGAGCAAGUCCUUCAAAACGCGGAUACUCUCGGUUGCCGCAAAUUUUUGAGUCCAACAUCUCUCGUUGCCGGAAACCCCAAACUUAACCUUGCUUUCGUUGCAAACCUAUUCAAUACCCACCCUGCCUUAGACCCAAUCACAGAAGAAGAGAAGCUCGAAGUCGACGACUUUGAUGCAGAAGGCGAGCGAGAAGCCCGUGUCUUCACUCUCUGGCUCAACAGUCUGGAUGUCCAGCCGGCAGUCAACUCCUUCUACGACGACUUGCGUGAUGGCCAGAUCCUCUUGCAAGCAUACGACAAAGUCAUUAAGGGCUCCGUAAACUGGCGUCAUGUGAACAAAGCCCCGGCCAACGGAGGCGAGAUCUCCCGCUUUAAAGCCGUCGAAAACACAAACUACGCCAUCGAACUCGGCAAACAGAACCACUUCUCGCUCGUCGGUGUUCAGGGCGCAGAUAUCACCGAUGGCCAGCGUACACUGACACUUGGUCUCGUCUGGCAACUCAUGCGCAAAGACAUCUCCGAAACCCUCUCCACCCUUGCACAGCGUCUUGGCAAGCGCGAAAUUACCGACGCCGAAAUGGUCAAGUGGGCCAACGGCAUGUCGCAGAAGGGCGGUAAGAGCUCCUCCGUCCGCUCGUUCAAGGAUUCCACAAUAGGAACGGGCAACUUCCUUCUGGAUGUCUUGAACGGCAUGAAGAGCAGCUACGUCGACUACGACCUGGUCACCCCUGGCCGUACGGACGACGAUGCGUACCUGAACGCCAAGCUCAGUAUCAGUAUUGCACGAAAGAUGGGCGCGACUAUCUGGUUGGUACCGGAGGAUAUCUGCCAGGUCCGAAGCCGUUUAGUGACUACUUUCAUUGGUUCUCUGAUGGCGACGCACGAGAAGAUGCAGUGA